AAAAGAAAACAGUAUUACUGUUCACAUUUUGGUAUUAUAGAGCCAAUAGAGUACAUACUAGAUGCUCAGAGGAAUCGGACCUAUCAGUACAUUCCUUUAUUACGAUCUCUGCAGCAGUUGCUUUCUCAGAAAGAUGUUCUUGAACUUCUUGUAGCCCAGAAGGGUCAAAACACGCAAUUGACUUCUAAAGAAUACAGAACAGUUAGAGAUGGUGAGUACUACAAGCAGAACAGUUUUUUCUGUGGUGAAGAGUUAAGAAUUGCUGUAAAUCUUUACAUUGAUGAUUUUGAGAUUUGUAACCCGCUUGGGACAUCUCGUAAAAAGCAUAAACUCUGUGGUGUCUAUUGGGUUUUGGGGAAUUUACCACCAGGUUCCCAUUCAGCACUAACUUCAAUUUAUUUAGCUGUACUUUGCAAGUCAGAUGACACAAAAGCUUUUGGUUUCGUGAAAGUAUUGGAGCCUCUCAUUCAAGACUUGACCAUUUUAGAAAAGCAUGGUGUCUUUGUGUCUCAGCUUGGUAAAUUUGUAAAAGGCUCUGUCCAAUGUGUAAUAGCAGACAAUCUUUCAGCUCAUGGUAUUGGUGGAUUUGUUGAAAGUUUUUCUGGUGGAUCCAUUUGUAGGUUUUGUACUGGAGACAAAUCAGAAUUUCAGAAUCAGGAUGUAAUGUCAGGGAUUUUCCAACUUCGAACCAAAGAGGUCCAUGAAAUUCAUGUCCGCUGUGCUCAAGAAAAGGCAGCUGCUGUUUGUGUUGUAAAAAAACAGUGUGUGUUGACAGAGAAUCUCUCACAUUUUCAUGUCAGCACUGGAUAUCCCCCAGAUAUUGUCCACGAUAUCUUUGAAGGUAUUGUUCCCACGGAACUGGCACGUUGUAUUAGCUUAUUAAUCACCAAAAAAUACUUCACACUUGACAAACUUAACACCUUGAUCCAGAAAUUUCCAUACAAAUUUGGUGACAAAACAAAUCGACCUCAUGCCAUACCACAUACUUAUUCUUCAAAAAACACAAUAGGGGGCAAUGCUCAUGAAAAUUGGUCCUUGCUGAGGUUGCUUCCUUUAAUCAUAGGGCCACUUUUGCCAGUUGAUGAGCCAGCAUGGCAGGUAAUUCUACAUCUUAAAGAUAUAGUUGAGUUGGUUGUUGCCCAUGUCCACACAGAUGAAACCAUAGCUUAUCUUGAGGCCAAGAUCUGUGAUCAUAGGCAGCUCUAUCUUGAUCUCUUUCCACAUGUAAAUCUGUUGCCAAAGCAUCAUUAUUUGGAGCACUAUCCACAAAUGAUUAAAUGCUUUGGACCUCUCAUUUCUCUAUGGACCAUGCGAUUCGAGGCAAAGCAUAGUUUUUUCAAGCAGGUUGCACGACAUACAAACUGCUUCAAAAACAUACCUUUCUCAUUAGCUGUUAAACAUCAGUUCAUGAUUGCCCAUCAGACACAUUCCUCUAAUUACAAGAAGUCUUCCUUGGAAGUUAGAAAUGCCUCUGUUAUGCCCAUUGAGGUUCUUAAUGACAGAGUAGUGUCUGCUUUGAUGGAAAGAUACCCAUCUAUUUCUGAAGUUGCUCUGUUGAAGAAGGUAUCCUGCAAUGGUAUGCAUUACAGUCAAGGCAUGCUUAUUGUUCACGGAACUGUAAAUGGGCUGCCAAAAUUUAAUGAGAUCAUUCAGCUGUGCAUAGUUGAGAAGAAACUGUGUUUCAUAGUUAGGGAACUAUGUUCUUGGUACAGGGAGCAUUAUGGUGGAUUUGAGCUGUCUACCCCAUCCACUAGAGAGCUGGCCAUAAUUGAGCUUGGUGACUUGGAAGACCCAUAUCCCCUUGCGGACUACAUUGUGGAGGGACUACGCUUGGUGAUGUUAAAGAGAUUCAUCAUCGUGAAGGAGUAA